AUGCCUCCUAAGUCGGGAAAGAAGACCGCCCCUGCGCCCUUCUCGUCGGGCAAGGCUGGCUCCAAGAAGCAGGCCAAGAACCCUCUCCUCGAGAAGCGCCCCCGCAACUAUGGCAUCGGUCAGGACAUCCAGCCCAAGCGCAACUUGUCGCGCAUGGUGAAGUGGCCCGAGUAUGUCCGCCUUCAGCGCCAGAAGAAGAUCCUCAACCUUCGCCUGAAGGUUCCCCCGGCGAUCUCCCAGUUCCAGCACGUCCUUGACCGCAACACCGCUGCUCAGGCCCUGAAGCUCCUCAACAAGUACCGCCCGGAGACCAAGGCCGAGAAGAAGGAGCGUCUCACCAAGGAGGCUACCGCCAUCGCUGAGGGCAAGAAGAAGGAGGAUGUCUCCAAGAAGCCCUACGCCGUCAAGUACGGUCUCAACCACGUUGUUGGCCUGAUCGAGAACAAGAAGGCUUCCCUUGUCCUCAUCCCCAACGACGUUGACCCCAUCGAGCUGGUCAUCUUCCUUCCCGCUCUCUGCCGCAAGAUGGGUGUCCCGUACGCCAUCAUCAAGGGCAAGGCCCGCCUCGGCACUGUCGUCCACAAGAAGACCGCUGCCGUCCUCGCUCUCACCGAGGUCCGCGCUGAGGACAAGUCCGAGUUCUCCAAGCUCGUCUCCGCCAUCAAGGAGGGUUACACCGACAAGCACGAGGAGAGCCGCCGCCACUGGGGUGGUGGUAUCAUGGGUGCCAAGGCCAACGCCAAGCAGGAGAAGAAGCGCAAGGCUCUUGAGAACGCCAUCAAGAUCUAA